GAUGAAGAACAGAGGGAGACAGAAACUGUGUUUUUGAUUUUACCAUAGCGUCAAAAUAAACAAGGAUAGCAGAGAGAGGUGUGACAAUAAGCGGCUUUGUUGGACGACCACGCAAAGAUGGAAGAUUUCGGAAUAUAUGCGGCUUUCGGAGUAAACGGUCCGCCUCAACGGCUGCUCAGUGCUGAAGGGUCGUGCAGGGUGUGUGUUGCCGUUCCCCCGAGUGUCCGCCAGGUGGUGCUGUUCAGCAGCGGGCCGUGGGGGGAGCGUAUCUGCGUCAACGCGGAGCUCAACGAUGCUGACCGGUUCCCCAUCACUAUCGGAAAACUGACUCCAUAUAACAAGUGCCUGUCAUGGGAGCAGUGGGAAGAGGAGACCUGGACAGACAGCGUCACACUCAAUGUCACUUUGGAAGGAGGAAACCUGGUAAAGGCAGAUUGGUCAGAGCCAGAGCUGCUGUCUGUGAAGGAAUACACACCAAAGGACACUGUGGCUGCACUCGCAGCCCAGGAGCCCAGCGGCAAGAGGAAGAGAGAUCGAAUGUCGAAGGAGGAAGACUGUGACGAGAAGAGGGUGAUGACGAGAGGGGAACAGGAGAACGUGUGUCCAAAUGGCACCGUGGAGAAGACGACACCUGUGCGAAAGGUCAGAGGUCAAACUAAAGCAAGCCAGAAGCUGUUCAGUAUUGGAGCAGAUGCAACAAAGCUGAAGGGAACAGUUAAUGGAGCAGGAGAGGCGCAGGGGAUUGUGGGAAGAACGCCUCCUCAGAGUGCAGCCAGGACGAAGAGUAGGCAGGCCAAGACUCCCACACAGACCGCCCCAUUGGUCAGCCCGUCCGGUCGCUGGGGUCAGACUCUGUGUCCCAUCGAUGCUCAGACAGCUAUUCUGAUUGGAGGACAAGGAACCAGGAUGCAGUUCUGUAAAGAUCCCAUGUGGAAGCUGUGCACAGAGGACAUGUCCUGGGUUGCAGCAGAGACUCUGGCAGAGGGUCCAACGCCCGAGGCCAGGAUCGGCCACACGGCUGUCUACGACCCGGACUCGAGGCGGAUCUUUGUGUUCGGAGGCUCCAAGAACAAGAAGUGGUUCAACGAUGUUCACAUCCUUGACACACAGAGCUGGAAGUGGACCAUGGUGGAGGCUCAGGGUAAGGUUCCUCCUCUGGCCUACCACAGCUGCAGUUUGUUUCGGGGGGAGCUGUUUGUGCUAGGAGGAGUGUUUCCUUGUCCAAACCCAGAACCAGACGGCUGCAGCGACUCGCUGUACAUCUUCGAUCCUCACCUCUCCAUCUGGUACCAGCCUAUCGUCACUGGCGACAAGCCUUCCCCCCGCUCUGGCCACUCUGCAUGUGUGAUGCAGGAGAGGAAGAUCUUUGUAUUUGGUGGAUGGGACACUCCUGUCUGCUACAAUGACAUGUACAUGUUGGACCUGGGUCUGAUGGAGUUUUCUGCUGUAAAAACAACUGGAAAAGCCCCCUCCCCUCGAAGCUGGCAUGGCAGUGCUGCGCUGUCAGACACAAAGUUCAUGAUCCAUGGAGGUUAUAACGGAAACAACGCUCUCACUGACACUUUCGUCUUUGAUAUAGACACCAACAGCUGGACAGAGGUGACGCUCCCUCAGCUCUCCGUCCCCAGGGCGGGACACUCCAUUAUCACCAUGGAGUCAGCUGGUCACCUCCGCUUCUCAGGGCAGGACGAAGACGUGGAUAUGGACGCCGGCUCCAUCAGCAGAAGUCUGCUGGUGUUUGGAGGCGGAGACAACGAGGGCAACUUCUACUCAGACGUGACGACUGUCGCUGUGGAGGAUCUGCUCGGUGCUAUUUAAAGAAAGUGAGUCAGAGGUGAAUCCUCGCUCACUGACUGGAUGUGAAGCUUUUUAAAAACCCCACAGAUCCUUUAUUAUUUAUAUUCCUAUAGUUUUUUUCCCCUAUUUUUUGUGAGCCCUUUCUCUUUUCUUUGUUUUAAAGAUGUUGGUAUUGGAAGGUGUACCGUUUGGGCAUUCAUCAAACAUUUUAGAUUAUUGUAUGUGUAUUAUUGUCACCAAGGACAAUACUCAAUUUUACGAAAGAUGAUUGGGGCCAGGUAGGAGAAAGAAAUAAUGAGCAUUAUUCCAUUAUGCAGUUCAAGAAAAAAGUCGAAAUGUCGAGGAUAAAGUCAACUUUUUGUGUAAAGUUGGAAAGAUAUUCACAGAUUUAUUGUUCCCGUAUCAAUAAGUCAUCAGAGGAACAAUAUUUUACUGUCUGAACAGUUAGUCAGACUGCAAGCUACAACCUGAUUUUCAUCAAUGUCAUAAAAUGAUCAAUAACCACAAUUUAUAAAAGUGUAGUAGUACAUUAAAUCCCCUACACAUGAAUGAGCUAUUCUUGGUAGUAGCAACCACAACUAUUGUUUAGGGAAAAUGUGCUUUUAUGUAAUUUAUGUGGAUAUUUUAGACUUAUAUUAGACUUAGACUAUUAGAAUCCGAUUGAAGCUUGCAGUCUACCGAACCAAACGCAAAAAGUUGAGUUUAUUCCUGACAUUUUAACUUUUUUCUCAAAGUGCAUAAUGAUUUUUUUUCCUAACUGGCCCUAAUCCUCUUCCGUAAAUUCUUCCUCAGAUAUAAAGCAUAUUUUGAAAUGUUUUUAUUCAGUUAACUGUCCUUUUAUUUUUAUAAAUGAAUACCUCGAGCAUUCAGUUGGGUUUUGUUGCCUGUGGAGAGCUGCAGGUACAUUAAUCAUAUGUUAUGUUCAGAAUAAUGGUAUUGUCGUGAUUUCUAAAAUCUCAAAUAAUGUCCCCAUGCUGUUUAUCUGCACUUGGCUCCUGUGUUUACUUAAUAAACAAUUGCUUUCUAAACUGCAA